CUGAUUGAUCCCCUUUUCCCCAAUCCCCAAUCCCCUCGAUCCAAGCCAACUCCAUCUCCUACCUUCCCUCCAAGCUCAAAACCCUAACCGCCGCCGUGCCGCGCCGCGCCGCAUGGCGACGGCGACGCCCUUCCCCACCCGCGACCCACGCCUUCUCCAGAUCAUAGCCAAUGUGAUGUAUGCUCUCCCGCCAGCACCACCAGCCCACGGAGGAGCCGGGGUACUUGAUCCGCAGGACGACGGCACUCAAGCGCGGCGACCAGAGAUCCCUCGUCCUGGCCGUGGCGACGAGUCGCGAGGAGAGGUAUCUCGUCCUGCCCGUGGCGGGGAGGCCAGGGGCGAUGAGUCGCGAGUGGAGGUACCUCGCCCUGGCCGUGGCGAGGAGGCCAGGGGCGACGAGCCGCGAGGGGAGGCAUCUCGUCCUGCCCGUGGCGGGGAGGCCAGGGGCGACGAGUUGCGAGGGGAGGUCCCUCGUCCUGCCCGUGGCGGGGAGGCCAGGGGCGAUGAGUCGCGAGUGGAGGUACCUCGCCCUGGCCGUGGCGACGAGGUCAGGGGCUUCGCGACGCGAGAGGACCUACCUCGUCCUGGCUGUGGCGGUGAUGGAAGGCGCUUCGCCUUCGCGCCGCGAGUGGAGGUACCUCGCUCUGGCCGUGGGGAGGAGGUCAGGGGCUUCGCGCCGCGACAGGACGUACCUCGUCCUGGCUGUGGCGGUGAUGGAAGGCGCUUCGCUUUCGCGCCGCGAGUGGAGGUACCUCGCCCUGGCCAUGGGGAGGAGGGCAGGGGCGUCGCGCCGCGACAGGACGUACCUCGUCCUGGCUGUGGCGGUGAUGGAAGGCGCUUCGCCUUCGCGCCGCGUGUUGAGGUACCUCGCCCUGGCCGUGGGGAGGAGGUCAGGGGCUCCGUGCCGCGAGAGGACGUACCUCGUCCUGGCCGUGGCGGUGAUGGAAGGCGCCUCGCCUUCGCGCCGCGAGCGGAGGUACCUGGCCCUGGCUGGGAGGGCAGGGGCGUCGCGCCACGAGCGGAGGUGCUUGGCCCUGGCGGGGAGGGCAGGGGCGUCGCGCCACUGCCGCAGUACUCCUCCCGCUCUGGCUCCAAGAUACUGGAGGGCCUUCCCUGUCUUGGCGGUCAAGAACGCGAAGCACAAGGAGCCAAGGCGAUGGGCAGCACUUCUCAGUACGACAAGGAUAACAGAGUCGACAUCAUCACUUCAGUAGGGCUGCGGCAAGGAUUCGUAAGAAGCAGUUUGGCUCCUGGAGGCUUGCUGCACGAGGAGGUCAACAAGAAUCAGGGCAGCGAUCUUGGAAGCAUGCCGCCAGAACUGGGCUGCACUGGCUGGGCAGACUGUCAGGCUCUGCCAACUUUGGAUGCCCAAGGUAAAAUGACCAUCAUACAUGAUCUCCAGUUCGGAUCCAUCAGUAGGAUUAGUGAAGCUCUGCUCAAUGCAAAGGGCCCAAUUUCUCUGCUUAGGCUCGAUACCAUUGUGUUUGACUCUGAGCAGUUAGAGAGCUUGUUCAAAUUGCUUGUUGCCAGUAAAGUUGAAGAAGUAAUCCUAGUCAACAGGACCUGGCCACAGAAAAGCCUUGAGUUCCCGAUUAACAGUACCGAUAACACUGGCAUCUUGAGGUUAAGAAUCUGUUUCUUCAAAAUAUCAGAGAUUUUUGCAUCCGAAUUCGAUAAUCUGCUUCUUCUGGACAUAGCGCAUUGUUUGAUCAAAUCAGAAGACCUUAAGAAUCUUGUGCUCAAAUGCAAAAGACUGCGAGAGCUUCACCUAGGCUACUACCAUGAAGAUCUGUAUCUUCGCUCGCAGACUCUGGUGAUACUACAGAUUUGGUAUUCAGAAAUUAAUGUCAUUGAAAUCGAGCAUGCUCCAGAACUUAAGAAGAUCACAGUCUCGGCAGUACCAAAGAGAUCGCAGAAGCUGCUUUUGGUACGUAUUGACAACUCUCCAGAUCUUCAAACCAUGGUUGGAAACAUCUCCAACCAAGCUAUCAGCUUCAAAUGUCACGACAUUAGAAGGGGAACUUCGUUGAUGCCAAAUCUGAAGAAUCUUUACAUUGGUGUUUGUCUAUCGAUGGUCAACGAGCGAAAAUAUCUGUUAAACGUCUUCAAAUGCUUUAAUCGCCUCAAGAAGCUAACACUCUGGAGAAUGGAUGAUGUACCAAGUACAGAAGCUGAUAAUGCCUUAGUUGAUGAUUGGUCUGAGGAGAUCAAAGCCUGUGAAGUUGUUAAUCAUCUUCAUUAUUUGAAGAUGGAAGGGUUUAAAGGAGGGGAGUACGAGCUUUCUAUUGCUUCAGGUUUUCUGAAGUACUCUUCAUCUCUUAGGCACCUGCUAAUUGUAUCCGACAAAGAAGAUUCACUGCAGAGAGCGCAGAAUGCUUUUGAACCCCCAGCCCAUGUAACUGUGAUAUAUCAGAAGUCCCUAGUUUCUGGAAUAUAAAAGUAAAGACGAUUCAAGCUGGAAAACUGACAAAGUGAGUCUCAGAACCACCAUUAUGAAGUGUCCAGAUACUCGUUUGGAAAGAUGGACCUGUCAGCUCAAUUUCUGAAACAUUGACCUUUAGGGAGUCAGAAUCAUUGUAAAUUCCACAACGAUUGUACGCCUGUAAAUGUUACUUUGAGGGUUUGCAGUCACUGGCUGCAUCCCUGUGUUGGUGACAACGAUUGUACCACUUGUAAAUGUUACUUGAUGAUUGUUCCAGUCACUAUGCAUCUCUGUCUUGGAGCUUGUACAGUUGUACUAAUGGCUGAAGACUCGGUAGUAUUUCUUUGAUCAGAUUCACAUUAGGAAGAAGUAAAUGGAUGUUUUUUGUGCAUGAAGAUUUGUAAAACAGGCGUUACUCCACUUUUGGUCACCUUUUAUUUUACAUAGAACUUGAGAGUUGGUAGCAG